AUGAUUGGUCCGAAAGGUAUCUCACCUGAUCUGACGAUCGAUAAUUACUCGACUUCUUUGUUCCACGCCCUGGUCGGCCUACGAGGAAAGACCGAGACGACCGAACGACCGAUUAUCUUUGUUGCGCACAGCCUAGGUGGGCUUGUCGUUGCGAAUGCACUUUCACGGCCGCGUGGCGCAGAUGAAGCCACCAAAGAACUCGCCGAUAGAACCAUAGGCACUCUUUUCCUCGGUACUCCCUUCCACGGCUCUUCGAAAGCAAAAUACGGAAAUCUAGCUAUAAGCAUCCUUUCAUACUUCAUGCCUACACAGAAGAGAAACAUCGAGGACCUAAAGGAACGAUCGGUCAAACUUAUAAGCAUCAAUGAUGCCUUCGCAAAGUUCCUGAAAGAACGCGAUCGUUCGCGCACCAAGCCUUUCUUGGAAGUAGCUUGUUUCUUCGAAGAGCGUCCUUUGCAUAAGGGGCCGAUCGAGAUUGGGUUCAUUGUGCCGGAGGAGUCGGCGAGCUGGUUGGGCGUUGAUGCAGUUUCCAUUCCCGCCAACCACAUCGAUAUGUGCAAAUUUGAAAGCAAGUUUGGGUCUGACUACAAGAGUGUAACCGGCAAAUUGUGCCAGUGGAUUGGGGAUAUUGAUAAGGCCCCAGGUUCGGGCGACGUGGGAGUGAAGGGGCUUAAAGCGCAGAACAUUGGCGUCAAUUUAGGCGAUGUCGAUAAUCGUGGAAUAACGAACAAUGGCGGAGUUAUCGCGGGUAAUAAUCACGGCACUUCGAAGGAUGCCAUUAAGUUGAUAGGAACUGUGAGCUAUCAUGGUGUGAAGCCUGAAUGA